AUGAAGUAAAGUAGAGCUCCGCGGCACAGCGAGGAGGCAUGAACUGACAAUCUCUCUCUCUCCCUCUGUCUGAAGAAAAAAAAGCCAAGUUAGACAGGCUAUGUUCAGACAACACAUUUGGACUUUGGGAUGUUUUAUGGACUCGGGAUCGAAGGAGUUUUCCUUUUGUCCACAUUUAUAUAGGACGUGGCGUCUGCGACUAGCCUAAAUUAGGUUCAUUUACGGCAAAAGAAACGUGCAUUUCUUUUCUCAUUUUUUUUAGCGACGCGCAAAAACAACAACAGCAACCUGGACUACUCUUUUGGAACAGGAAUGGUUUAUCCUUCCGGAGGUUUAUUCUACAUCGAAAUGGAUCAAGCACCACCAGCUCUCCCUCCCAGGUCAACAAAGCCCGUGCCCUCCACCGUGAACAACAACUGCCUUUUGCCACCUGCGUGUUCGUUACAGGAUGCUGAAUGGUACUGGGGAGACAUAGCCAGGGAUGAAGUAAAUGAGAAGCUCCGAGACACACCUGAUGGCUCCUUUCUGGUGCGUGACGCGUCCACAAAGCUGCAAGGAGACUUUACCCUGACAUUAAGGAAAGACGGGCACAACAAGCUGAUCAAGAUUUACCACCGUGACGGGAAGUACGGCUUCUCAGACCCCCUCACAUUCACUUCAGUGGUGGAGCUCAUUUGGCACUAUCAGCACCAUCCGUUGGUGGAAUACAACGCCACACUGGACCUAAUGCUCACCCAUCCUGUGUCCCGCUUCCAGCAGGUUAAAGAGGACAAUGUUGAUGUCGCUGGAAGAAAGCUGAAGGAGGUUCACAGUCAGUAUCAAGAGAAGACAAAAGAGUUCGAUCGUCUUUAUGAAGCUUUCACGAAGACCUCACAGGAGAUCCAGAUGAAGCGAACAGCUAUUGAGGCCUUUAAUGAGACGAUGCUGAUCUUCGAGGAGCAGUGUCGUGAACAGGAGCGUUACGGAGAGGAGUUUGAGAGGAACAAUCAGUCUGAGGGAGCCGACAAAGAUCUGGAGAGCUUUCUGAUAAAUUAUGAGAAGCUGAAGUGUCGCCUUGGGGAGAUCUACGACAGCAAAAUCCAUCUGGAGGAAGAUUUGAGAACGCAGGUGGAGGACUACAGAGAGACAGACAGGAAAAUGAACAGCUUGCGGCCUGACCUCAUCCAACUACGCAACAUCAGAGACCAGUACCUCAACUGGCUCAAUCACAAAGGUGUACGGCAGAAACGCAUAAAUGAUUGGCUGGGGACGCAGAGUGAAAGCCUUGAUGACACAUACGUGUUAAAGGGAGACGAGAAGAACUUGCCACAUCAGGAUGAGACGAGUUGGUUUGUUGGUGAACUGAGCCGGACGCAGGCCGAGGAGAUGCUUCAGGGGAAAGCUCCUGGAACGUUCCUCAUCCGUGAGAGCAGCAAACAGGGAUGCUACGCCUGCUCCGUUGUUGUGAAUGAGGAAGUGAAGCAUUGUAUGGUCUACAGCACACCACACGGAUACGGCUUUGCUGAGCCCUACGACGUCCACUGCUCACUGAAAGACCUUGUCCUGCACUAUCGCCUGCACUCCUUAGCCCAACACAAUGACGCCCUGGAUGUUCGGCUGUCACAUCCAGUACAUGCCAAAGCUGCAGCCACGCCUUCUCAACACGCAGAGGAACACAAACUCUUACAGACUCCAAAACACACAGCGGGGCUCCCGCCUGCCGCUCCAGAAAUGUAAUCCAAUGGAAAGAGACAAAAGGACAUGUUUACUGUAUCCUGCGAGAAUGACUGCAUCGAGGUGCAUUGUGUAAUGUUUUGCACUACAGUGAUUCCAUCGGUUUUUGUGAAUGGGAUUUCACAGAUUGAAGUGGGACCGGAACUUGAAUGUCAGCUUGAACUUCUUUAAAAAAAAAAAAAAAAAAAAGUUAAUGCUUUUUUUGUUAUUUCAUUUAUUGCCAUAUGUUUAAUGGACAGCUUUCGGUAGGGAUGAACCAGAAAAUUGCUCACUGACAUCAGGUGCUGCACCUUUGUUUGACUUUUACAACCAGAGUUGAUGUUGCUAGAGAUGUCUGUCCAUUUCCCUAGUUAAGACUUAUUCAGUUCUGAAUUUGCCCAGUAGGUUAGAAAUCUAUUUGGUUACUAUAGAGUUAUAGCUGUUCCUCAUCCCUGAGUAUGUGAUUGCACAUUUUGAGCACAGGUUUUUUUUUGCAAGCAGAUAAAUCAUAUUUAUUAGAGAAAUUAUUUAUCAUGCAAAAAAGUAAAAAAAAUCUAUUUUAUCAUCUCAAUGUGUACAUUUUUAAUAAAUCUAAAUUUAACAUAUUAUUUUGUUGGCGUCCCUACUCCCCUAGUAACAAAUAAUACUUCUAGCAAUCAGAUUGGACAUAAAACAGCCAAUCAGAAAUUACCUACAGACAAACCCAAGCACCUCCAGCAAAGAGAUGUCUAGAGCAAGAGAAACACUGAUGUGGUGUCCAUGGGUUUGUAAGCACAGAGAGCAGGGACAUUGAGAGGGGAAUUAGUAAAACUGAGUGAAAAAAUGUCUUCAUUGUGCACUUAUGUCCAUAAUAGGAAACUAAUAAAUGUACUGAGCACAAAAUAGAUUUUUUUUUUAAUUCUUCGUUGCUUUAAUAUUUUUUCUCCAAAAUAGAAUUUAUGUGAUUGCAAAAAAUAUUUUUCUGUGCUCAAAAUGUCCCUUGCACACUUAGGAAUGAGGCACAAAUAUAACCCCAUAGGUUACUACUAUGUAGUGCAUUUGUGAUGGAGGGAAAAUGGUGCUGUAAACAGGCUGUUUCCGUCUUAUCGGUUUGGUGGACCAAACCAUUUUUGGGUAAAUGCCACGUGUGAAUAUGUGAAAAGUCGUGGUGCAUCUUGACUAUUUGCCCCUUCCUUAAUAGACAUUCAUAUACAGUGGAUAAUUAUGUAGCAUUAACAUCUUGUAGAAUACCAUUGUACGAGCAUACUCAAUGUUAAACCCAUUGACCAAAGCGCUUAAUAGUAAGCAAAACUACAUCCCUGUUAAGUCCGGUAAUUGCAUUUGGGCAAGGGGAGGGCAAUUUAUGUACACCUGCUGAUGUGCUGAUCAAAACGUAAUCUGAAGUACUGUAUGUUAUAUUCUGUUACUCAAAGAAGUAUAAGCUUUUUGUAUUCUAUAUAUAUUUUUUCUACAAACAUGCCACAAGAUGAAAGCUUGAAGAAAGUGCAAUCCAACAGUAUUUCUAUUGUUGCAAUGUAUGACGAUGAUGAUGGUGGUGAAGGUAAUGCUGUUAUGAGAGGUUGACAUUUUGAACACAAAAAUGCACUCUCUUUGGUGGUGUCGGUAUGAUGUGGCCUCCGAUGUUUGUGUGAACUGCCAGAGGUCCGGAAGUAUCCUGCCUCCAUUACUUGAACUGUGGCAUUGCUCGAGCUAUGAAUGUUUUUCAUGACAUGCCGCCUACAUAGCUUAAGAGGAAAGGAAUCCAUGUUGAACUUGGCACAUUUUUCAAGUUUGAGGACAAUAGAUACUCUGUACAGAAAAAGUGUAAAAUUUAUUUCUGAGGUUGGUUUAUGGAAGGAGGGUGAUUAAGCCUCUUAUAAAAAUAUAACUCCACUGGGGCAUUGAGGAAACUCCUUGGGUGAAGCUAAGCAGUGUGAGAUCCUGACCUUUUUCUUGCUGAAAGACAAUAAACUGAUGAGGGUUUUGUCAA